AGGGAGGUAAGUUUGUAAAAACAUCCGCCAAAUACGUGUCUUUGUCAACAUGUGAGCCACGUCUAUCUUGGAGUCUUACCACGUCAACACCCACCGAAUUCCUCGCUUCUCUGCAUACAUACAGAGAAUCUACGUGUUCUCUCUCUCUCUAUAUAUAUAUAUUUAUAAGUAAGUGUAUAUAUAUCUACAUACACAUUUACAUCAAAAUAAUACACACAUACAUUAUAUUUGUAUAUAUUUAAUACUUUCUCGCUCUGUUUGUGUCUGGAAAAAUUACAUCGACCCAGUAAUCAAGCUGUGAUUGCAUAUCUUCGUGGUAUAUUAUACACACUCAGGACUGCCUCUUUCACCAGUGUAUAUAUAUAUAUAUAUAUAUAUAUAUAUAUAUAUAUAUAUAUAUAUAUAUAUAUAUAUAUAUAUAUAUAUAUGUAUGUAUAUAUUUAUACAUCGAUCUAUCCAUCCAUCGAUCCACUGAUCUCUAAAACUGCUGGUUUAAAGAUCUAAAGAAACCCAUUCAUAUAUAUGUGUGUGUGUGUGUGUGAUUAGCUCUUAAGAAGGGCCCUGGUCAUUGUUUUGUUGUGUCCCAACGGAUUUUACUUGGCGACGGCGUUUUGAUAUAAGAACAACGCACACCCGUUUAUCUAUAUAAACCUAGAUUCAAUUCCUCUUGGACUAAACUACCCUCUUUCAGUUAUGUCGAAAUAUAAAGAUAAGCUGGACGGCAAGGAGCUGGACCUCGGUAUGUGCUCUCUGAGCACGAUCAGCGUCCGGGAUAUCGCCCUGUUACCGAGGGCCACGUCUUUGAAUUUAUCCUACAACCGUCUCACCCAGCUACCCAGUAACUUCUGCUCCAGCCUUACGCACCUCACCCGGCUCGAUCUCAGCAACAACAGUCUCACCGAGCUACCGGACGACUUCGGUUCGCUGGUCAACCUCAAGCACUUGGACCUUCUCGGCAACCAGCUGACCCUCUUGCCUCUGACGUUUGGCGAGCUGGCCAAACUGAAGUGGCUUGAUGUGAAAGACAACCCUCUCAACCCAGUGCUGCACAGUGUGGCCGGCGACUGUCUCAACGAUGCCGAGUGCCGCAAGUGCGCCAGCCUGCUGGUCAGCUACAUGAAGCAGUUUCGAGCCGACUUCGAGCGACUGGAAGAGGCCCGUGAGAUAAGAAGGGCGGAGAGAGAAGCUGCCAGGCUGGAAGUUCGACGACAGAAAGAAAAAGCAAAGAAAUUACUUGAAAAAGAAAAACGCAGGAGGGAACAUGAAACGAACAGGAUUCUUGAAGCUUCUGCACA